CUUCGCGAUACUGGACGCGGCUUCAACAUAUGCCUGUUUGCUGUCGCACCACACUACUUUCCGUCACGUGUUAAUGAAGCGACGUAUCUCACUUCGAUGUGGUAGAUUUUGGUACACUAAUAUUCAUCCCACUGUUUGCCUCGGAUUGAACAAUGGGACGAGGGACGCCUUGUGCAGCUCCACUUGAAUACGUCCGCACAGAACUUCAACACCGAUGAAUACCUCCCCUCCGUCAUGUACAAUUGACGACACAUUGUAUCAUGGCACCAUCCCACUCAACACCUUCCAGCGAAGCGGCACGCAUACCACUCCGGCGCUUCGCAACACACUUCCUUCUCUCUACACUAGCUACCGCUAUUCCCCAGCUUCUCCAAUACUUCGCAGACGCACAUAUAAAAAAGGUGAUCGUAAGUCUUAGCUGGGGCGCCACACACGCGUGUGGCUUCUUGAUCUAUGUCCUGCUAUCCUCUUUCUAUCCGAACGACAUGGCAUUCGUUCCUGAUAUAAUCUACGGCAUCGCCGGAUCUUCCCUCAUCUCGACACUUCACAUCAUCACGAUACUCCUCGGAAGAUACGUGGAGGAUUCAGACUCAGGCUUCACAACACGUCAACACAUCGCGGUGCACUUCUGCCUGGUCGUCUAUGUCAUCACCGAGCUCGAGUUCUACCGCGCGUACACAGGGUUCAAGAAGUUCGACACGUAUACUGAAUGCCUCAAGUCUUUGCCUCUCGCGAACGUCAACCACUCAUUCCUGUAUUGUCGCGACCCAUUCGGCUACAUGAUAGACAUGCCAAACAGCUGGCGACGCUAUCUCAACGGAGACAAUGACUUAAGGACGUUCUGGGACAUAGCGUUCAGCAAGUCACACAACAUCCUCUGCGCUUCAUAUUUACUCUUCCAUGUGGUCUGCGGUCUCGCGAACUACUCGAUCAAGCGCAUGGUCAAUCCUGAUCCGGAAUAUGCUUUGCGCAGUGCGAUGGUGAAUGGGCUGAUACUCUUUGGCACGUAUCCGGCUUCGAUUUGGGAAGUGCUUCUGGGACUGGCGCUGUUGAGGGUUGUGAGGCAGGCUAACUAUGUGGGCUUUUGGGUUGUGGUUGGGCUGGUAGAGUGGUGGGGGCGCCAGCUGUGCGAGGUUCUUCUUCCGUUCUGGGUUGACAUUGUAUGCCAGCUACAGUCAAACAGCGAUCAGCAGUCACCCAGCUGGCGAUAA